UUCUAAGGCAGUGUGCUAUCCCAUUAAGUAGUCACCUUUACAGCAUGUUUGACAAGUGGCUAUCUACCCUCUUACAGAGAUCUGAGAUAAGAGUCUAAGCUGGGCUCCUGUUUCCUUAAACUUUGUGAUUAUAUCCUCAGUAAAGAAGCCUCUCUUGUCAUGCUGGAAUCACCUUGCAACCAGACAUCGGAUAGUUCUUUCAUCCUUAUGGGCAUCCCGGGACUGGAAAGGGCACACCUCUGGCUGGCAGGUCCAUUGACCUUGAUGUAUGCUGUGGCCCUUGUGGGCAACACUCUGAUUCUGACUGUGAUCUGGGUCAAACCUACUCUGCACGAGCCCAUGUUCUACUUCCUGUGCAUUCUGGCAGUUGUUGACAUCCUCAUGGCAACCUCUGUGGCCCCCAAGAUGUUGAGCAUCUUCUGGUCAGGUGAUGGUAUCAUCUCAUUCACUGCCUGCUUUGCUCAGAUGUAUGUGGUCCAUGCAGCCACCGCUGCUGAGACAGGGCUGUUGCUAGCCAUGGCUUUUGAUCGCUAUGUGGCCAUCUGCAAACCCCUGCACUACCAAACCAUUCUCACACCCAAUAUGAUGUUGGGGAUUGGUCUGGCUAUCAUGGUGAGAGCUAUUCUGAUCAUGACUCCACUGAGCUGGAUGAUAAUCCAACUGCCGUUCUGUGCCUCCCACGUGGUCCCCCAUUCCUACUGUGAGCACAUGGCUGUGGCCAAGUUGGCAUGUGCUGAUUAUAUGCCCAGCAGCCUUUAUAGUCUGAUUGGUUCCUCGAUCAUUGUAGGUUCUGAUGUAUCCUUUAUUACUGCCUCCUAUACCUUGAUUUUGCAAGCAGUAUUUAGACUUUCUUCCAAGGAUGCCCAAUUCAAGGCUCUCAGCACAUGUGGCUCUCAUGUAGGGGUCAUGGUGCUCUACUAUCUCCCUGGAAUGAUAUCCCACUAUGUGGAAUGGUUUGGACAAGACAUAGUACCUUUGCACACUCAGGUACUACUUGCUGAUUUUUAUUUGGUCAUUCCCCCAACUUUGAACCCUAUCAUCUAUGGUCUGAGGACCAAACAAAUCUUAAAGCGAGUAUUAUAUAUAAUAGGGAACUCUUGGUGUAUAGUGCCAAGGUUCCAAUGGGAGAAAUCCUGAAUGAGGGCUUAAUCAUAAAUGUUAUAAAACAGGAUAGGAUGAGGAUGAGGCUCUUGUUUUGUUUGUAUUAAAAAAAUGAAAAUUAGAAACUUCCUUUUACUAAUACAUGCUGAUGUCAUCUCUAAAACUUGAGAGGUUAGGUAACAGGUCCCAGGAUUACACACUGUUAUAUGUGAGAGGAAGAACUUAAACUCGGCUCUUCCUAACUUCAAGACCAAUUCCAUAUCCAUUAUCCAAUAUUGCUUCUCUGGUACUAGGUUUGUGACAAAAUGAAGGGAAUAAUCUCCUAGACUUAGACCAAAUUAUAAAACUUCAUUGUCUAGAGUUAUCAGUCUUCUUGGAAAAUACCCAUUUGUACAUUGGCCAAUAGGACUAAUUUUAGAGAAUUGAACUGUGUAGGAGAGAACUAUGCUGCCUACGUUUGAACCCUCUCAUCAUAGGUGAUUGGAGGCUGUAUUUCUACUUUUCAUGGACAUUGUGUAGUAAUUUCCUACUGUGGAUAAAAGGAUGAGCAGGAUCACCUCCAGUAUCAUCGAACUGCAACUGUAUUUUUGAUUACAAGAGUUGAAAUAAACCUCAGAACAAAAAGAGUUCUUCUAUCACAAUCCU